GCUGGAAGCAGCCCAAAGACCACCGACCAAUCACAAUACCGUAAUGUGCGCAUGCGUAUUUGUAUAGGAACCUGUUCUAUAGGAACAAGCAGUAACGGAAAACUGGAAAUAUGAUUGUUAUAUUAAUUUAGAUGUUUUUAUCACUUUAUGUUAAUAAAUCAUGGAUAUAAGAACUUACAACCUGUGUGCUCUUAUGCUUGUAAUAAAUGAAGUGUCGUCACAGAGCGUCAUAGUCGAAGCUGCUCAAGGAGAGGCUGUGAUCUUACCGUGUUCAUCCAGUCGUUAUGAAAAGGACGUGUUCUGGCGAGACAGAGACACCAAGACUGUGUAUGACAUCAUUGAGGGUAAAGAGAAUUUUCAUGACCAGGAUGGAGAGUACAGGGGCCGAGUCAAAGGUUUUCCAUCAGAGUUCACAAAUUGGAAUUACUCCAUCAGACUGAGUGACGUGAAACUCAGUGAUACAGGAACUUACAGCUGCAACCUCCCUGACUCCAGAACUGUCCAUGUAGAACUCAAGGUCAAAGAUGAGAGUGACUCAAGCCACAAGACUUCCCCAGAUAACAGCGGCAUCAUGAGAAAAGCAGGCAGUACCUCAUCUUUAGUCAUUUCAGUUCUGCUGUGUAUCUUCGCUUUCUGAAGAAAGAAUUAAAGCUUCAAAAUC